UCGUCCUGUGUGGACGGAUCAGGCGGCUGCAGCGCUGCGUUCCCCGCCGCACAAUGCAGCUGAGCAGGCCAGCGCAGCCCACGGCCAGAAGCGGCUCCCGCUCUCCCCAGCAAGGCGACCUCUGAGCCCAAGCGCCCCGGGAAAAGGAGAUGCUGCUGCUGAAGACGACACUCUGGCAUUGAUGGGAUAUCAGAUACUGAAAAUGUCUCCCAGCUUGCUCAUCCUUCUGUGUCUCACACCUGGCAUUCUAUGCGUUUGCCCUCUCCAAUGUAUAUGUACAGAGAGGCACAGGCAUGUGGACUGCUCAGGCAGAAACCUGACUGCGUUACCAUCUGGACUGCAAGAGAAUAUUAUCCAUUUAAACCUGUCUUAUAACCAUUUCACUGAUCUUCAUAACCAGUUAACCCAGUACACCAAUCUGAGGACCCUGGAUAUUUCACACAACAGGCUCGAGAGCCUGCCGGCUCAGUUACCUCGGUCCCUCUGGAACAUGUCUGCUGCUAACAACAACAUUAAACUGCUUGACAAAUCGGAUACUGCUUAUCAGUGGAACCUUAAGUAUCUGGAUGUUUCUAAGAAUAUGCUAGAGAAGGUUGUUCUCAUUAAAAAUACGCUGAGAAGUCUUGAGGUCCUCAACCUCAGCAGUAACAAACUGUGGACAGUUCCAACCAACAUGCCCUCCCGACUGCACGUCGUGGACCUGUCCAACAACUCCUUGACACAGAUCCUUCCAGGAACACUGAGAAACCUGACCAGCCUCACACACCUUUACCUGCACAAUAAUAAGUUCACGUUCAUUCCAGACCAGGCUUUCGACCACCUCUUGCAGUUGCAAGAGAUAACCCUUCACAAUAACAGGUGGUCGUGUGAGCACAAACAAAACAUCACGUACCUACUGAGGUGGAUGAUGGGAACUAAAGCCCACGUGAUAGGGACCCCCUGUUCUAGCCAAAUAUCGUCUUUGAAGGAACAGAGCAUAUACCCCACACCUUCUGGAUUCACCUCCAGCCUGUUCACUGUAAGUGGGAUGCAGACAGUGGACACCAUUAACUCUCUGAGCGUGGUGACUCAAUCCAAAGUGACCAAAACUCCCAGACAGUACCGAACAAAAGCGACAACGUUUGGGGCCACUCUCGGCAGAGACACCGCCCUGGCCGGCACCGACAAGGCCUUUGUGCCCUAUCCCGAAGACACAUCCGUAGGAACCAUCAGCUCACAUGAAGCGGCCGCUGCAACUCUAACUAUUCAUCUCCACGAUGGAGUGGUGACCGACACGAGCCUCACUAGCUCAACGAAAUCACCCCCGACACCCAUGACCCUGAGCAUCACUAGUGGCAUGCCAAGUAACUUCUCUGAAAUGCCUCAGCAAAGCACAACCCUUAACCUACGGAGGGAAGAGACCACCACAAACGUAAAGAGUCACUUACCUUCUGCGGCAAGUGCUUGGGAAGCAAAUGCUUCGUUUCUCUUAGUGCUCAGUGCCGUGGCCCUGCUGGCCGUCUGAGGGCUGCAGUGUCGGAAGCUAAGGAAAGAGCUCCUCCAUCCUCCCCACCCCCACCCCCGA